AUGAAUAUUCCAUCCAGCCACUGCACAGCACAUCAAAUUCAAAACCCACUCUUCAAUACACCUCUUCUCAAUCUCUCUCGCUCUUGCUCUCGCUCUCUCUCUCUCUCUCUCUCUCUCUCUCUCUCUCUCUCUCUCUCAGUUUAUGAGAAAAAUCGUUUUUGCUUCUUUCCUCCCUCUCUCUCUCUCUCUCUCUCUUUCUCUCUCUCUUUCUUUCUUUCUUUUUUUUAUCCUUUUUCUUUGCCUCCCCUGUACCCAUCAAUGAAAGACCAUCUCUUCUUUUCACUCUCUUUCCUUGUUUACUCUUCUUCUCACCCACUUUCAUACUUUUUCUCUCUUCUUUUCACUCUUUCCUUUUAUACUCUCUUUUCAACUUAUUUCUUUUUUUCCCACUCCCUUACACCCUCUUUCUUUCUUUCUUUCUUUUUUUUUUGCAUCUUUCUUUUUCUAUCUACUUCUGUUACUUUUUCAUGUGCACUUCCAUUUCUCAUUUCUUUUUUCUUUCUCUUCUCUUUCUUUCUUAUACUUCUCUUUUUAGCUUUCUCUUACACAUUUUUUUUCUUUUUUUUUUCAUCUUUCUCAAGUGUUUCUUUUCUUCAUUUUUCUUUCACUUCUCAUUUUCAAUUUUUUCCUAUCACUUGUUUUGGAUUUUCUCCUAUUUUUGCCAAUAUUUUUUUUAAUUUCUUUCUUCUUUUUUCUUCUUUAUGUUUUGUACUAUUUUUUCUUCUUUUUUUUUUUUUCUUUGACUUCAACUUUUCUCCUUUGCAAUUUUUUUUUUUUUCCUUGACUACCUUUUCUUUCAUUUUCUUUUUUCUUUAUAUUUUUCUUGUUUUACUUACUUCACAAAUAUCUUUUCAUUCGCCUUUUUUCUUUUCCUCUUUUCUUCUUCAUUUUAUUCUUUUUUCUGUCCAUUUUUCCUUGUUUUUUUUUUCUUUUUAUCUUUUCUUUUCCUUCACUUUUCUUUUACUCCUCUUUCUUUUCUCCUUUAUUUAUAUCUCUUUUUCUAUUUAUUUUUCUUCUUUCUUUACUUAA